AUGGAAACGUAUGUGGGUCUAAUGAACAGCGGCUGGGAUUAUUCCUGGGCCGGUCCAGAGAAGAAAGUGAAUGUUACACUUAGGGAUUAUAUCUAUAACCACGCACGCACCUUUCGCGAACCAGCUUUUCAAGAAGAGCAGAGAAAGUGGUUCCAUGUCUAUUUUGACAAAAUCGCAGACAAAAAUGGCCACGGUCAUUUGACCCAAAAGGAUUAUGAAGAGUUCCUUGGCCUUUUUGGCGUUCACCCGUUAUCCGUUCCUCCGUCUUUUGACGCCUUGGACACUGAUGGUGAUGGUCUGAUCAGCAAAGAAGAGUUCGCAAAUGCCGGCGUUGAUUUCUUCUGCUGCAUUGCAGACACCCCGACAAAGAUGUUUUUUGGUCCGUUUUUGGCUUAA